CCUAAGACGCUCAUGCUGUUCCUGCCUUUAGUCUCCACAUGGAAACACUGCUAGAGGUUGAGACGGGAAACUCUUAGUCCUUUGGCCUGUAUAAACAGGCCCUGUAACUUUUGUAAAGCAAAGGCAAGAUUUCCAGGGAGACCUAAUUCUGGUAUAAUUCAGCAGCGAUGGGGAAAGAUAAGAAGAAGGACAGUAAGAAAGGAGAGAAGUCUUUGCCACCCCCAGCACAUGACACACCAAUUGAACCUGCUAGUUCCAUGCAGAAUGUUCCACCAGUUGUAAACCAAGUGGAUGAACAGCAGACAGCCCAAAUGGUUCCGAAAGAAGAGGCAAAAGAGACAGAGGGAUUUCCAGCCCCUGAACCCAUUGAGUAUGAGGAGCCUAUUCUGACUCAACUCAUUGUUGAAAGCUAUGAAGGAGAAAAAGUCCAUGGAUUAUAUGAGGGAGAAGGAACAGCUCAUUUUCAAGGAGGCAAUGUAUACAAAGGCAUAUUUUCUGAGGGCCUCAUGCAUGGACGAGGAACUUACACAUGGGCCGAUGGAGUGAAGUAUGAGGGAAACUUUGUGAAGAACCUGCAGAUGCAUCAUGGCAUUUACUCUUGGCCUGAUGGCAGCAUGUACGAAGGUGAGGUGAGGAGUGGGAUCAGGCAUGGCUUCGGCAUGUACAAGUGUGGCAUCUACCCCGUUUCGUAUAUCGGUCAGUGGGUUGAAGGCAAAAGGCAUGGCAAGGGCACCAUUUAUUACAAUAAGGAAGGUUCUUCCUGGUAUGAAGGUGACUUUGUAAACAAUAUAAAAAGUGGAUGGGGGAUAAGAUGUUAUAAGUCUGGAAAUAUCUAUGAAGGCCAGUGGGAGAGAGACAUGCGUCAUGGAGAAGGGCGGAUGAGGUGGCUGACAACUAAUCAGGAAUAUACUGGACAGUGGGUUAAUGGUGUACAGCAUGGGUAUGGUACCCACACUUGGUAUCUAAAGAGAAUACCCAGGUCACAGUAUCCCCUGAGGAAUGAGUAUGUGGGAGACUUUGUCAGUAGCGAUCGCCAUGGUCAUGGAAAGUUCUUCUUUGCCAGCGGAGCGAUGUAUGACGGGCAGUGGGUUUUCAAUAAAAAGCAUGGCAUGGGUAAGCUUGUAUUCAAGAAUGGUCGUGUGUACGAAGGUGAAUUUAUAUAUGAUCAUAUAGCAGAAUAUCCAACCUUUCAAAUUGACAUCAUGAAUACACAAGAUCUGAGCAGCAUUCGGACAAAGAGUCCCUUUGGCACUGAGAGUAUCAAAGUUGUUGAUGGCCCUGACAGUUCUGCAUUGGGAUCAAAUAUUGAAAUAGAUAUAUCAACCUUGUUGGCUAUAUUUCCAGAAAAAGACAGGGAAGAAGAAAUCAAACAGACAGAGUAUGCCGUAUUGAGACAUAUCUCAGAACUGAGGCGAAUCUACACCUUCUACAGCAGCUUAGGAUAUGACCAUUCUCUCGACAAUACCUUCCUGAUGACGAAGCUUCAAUUCUGGCGAUUCUUAAAGGACUGCAAGUUUCAUCACUGCAACCUUACACUUGCCGAUAUGGAUAGGAUCUUGAAUGAUAAAACAUUACUUGAAGAGAUUCAUUCUCCAUAUGAGACUUUGCUACUCCGAAUGUUUUUGACAUACCUUAUUUACUUGUCAUUCCACAUUUAUCAUAAGGAGUUUAAUGAUACCAGUCCCCGCCUGUUCAAGUGCUUUUCCAAACUGAUGGCCAAGAAUAUUUGUCCCAAUGCCUGCCAAAUAAAAGGCAUUCUGUUCAGUGACCGCCAACAAACAGUGUACGCAAUCAGUUACAUUGACAAGUGUUGGGAGAUAUUCAGGGCUUUUUGUAGACCAAACUCUGUAGCUCCAUAUGAACCAACCAUGAAGAUGAGGCACUUCAUCUGGAUGCUAAAAGAUUUAAGACUCAUAAGCAAACAAUUAACUGCUAGCAAAAUUGUGAAUAUACUAGCAAAAGACAGUCCUUGUGUCCGUGACGGAGACGACACUAACUUGGAACAUGAGCUCGUUUUCCUUGAAUUUUUUGAAGCUGUACUGGAUUGUGCCCUGUUGUACGUCACUGAUGAGAUGCUGAAACAGCAAGUGGAAGAAGCCAGCCAUUCAGCAAGCUCCUACAGAACGGAGGACUACGCAGACAGGGCUGGAGUGUCUCCUCUGCCUCAGGAGUUGUCCUCUGGCCAGUCCUUUCAAACCAGAAGCACAAGCAGCGGUGAAGCAAGCACCGAAACCGCAGAAGUCCACCAUUCCCACGUUAGCGUCAAGUCUUCCGCAAGCAAGAUUGUGCAUUUUGUAGAAGCUAGCAAGGCAAAGAAGUCUGAGAAGGGAAAAGCCAAGGAUGGUGGAAAAGAGGGCAAAGGAUCCCGACAGAGUUCAAAAUCCCCCAGUAAAGAAAAAUCUGCCUCUCCUCAGGUCACAGCACUGAAUGUUACCUUCUCUGCCAUUGUGGAAGACAAAGAGGAAACAUCAGCUCAGCCACUCUCAAUCUUGGAAGCGGAGCAAGAGACGAUUCUUAGUGUUCCCAUGGUGGAAUUAGCAGAUAAGCUCCAAAAAGCAAAAAACGAACAGAAGGAUAAACUCAGUUUGUGGAUGAGUCAGAUAUAUAUCUUCUUUGUCAAUAAAGUCUUUGCUGGCUACAAACACUUACAAGUUGUGAAAGAAACUAUUAUAGACAACAGGGUUCGGGAAGCUGAAUUACUUGUGCUGAAGAAAAUCCAAGAAGCUGAAGAAGAAGCAAAGCUUAAUGCUAUGAGGGAGGCAGAAGAAGCCAGAAAGCUAGAAGAAGCUGCAGCAGAAAAAGCAGCUUUAGAGCUUGAGGAAAGUUUGGGUAGAGAGUUGGAGGAGGCAUCCAUACAACUACAGUCUCCACCAAAGGAAGAAUCUCCUAUCUUGCCACAGGUACCACCAAGCACCAAGACUACGGCAGCUGGGAAGAAGAAGAAAAAGGCAUAAAAUGAAUAGCCACACAAUCAGAUCCUGUAGGUAGCCACCCAAAAUCUUAAUAGUUGUAGUCCAGUGCAUACCUACAUGAGAUUAGGUCAACAGGAUUUGCUUCUGAGUAGACAUGCAUAGGAUUUGCAAGGGUUACAGUUGGUAUAACUUCCAAGUAGGUUCAUUUGAAAACAAAACUCUAUAAAAAAGCUGCAAGGCCUACGCUUAUUUCCAAGUGAGAGAUGCAGGGAUGACCACACUAUAUAUGUGGGAUUUGUCUGUCUCUUUUCCUCCCUUCUUAAAAACUUAUAUGCUGGUUGAAAAGAAGCAUAUCUCUGUUUUAACACUGUUCAAUAAGGCUUGGGAUGGGUAUGAUGCUUUCUGUAACUCCAGCAGAACCAAUUUAUAUAGAUUAAAA